CUGUGCAGGUGAUGCACAAAAAGGUGCAGUCGGUCCAGGCAGGUGGAAAUAUUACUUUCUCAUGCCAGUCAGUCAUGAACGAAGAUGUAAUACAAGUGACCUGGCAGAAGGAGAUGGAUGGGGCUGAAGACAACAUAGCAACUUACAGUACAAUGAAUGGCCAAAAGAUAGCAAAGGACUACGAAGGCCAUGUGAGCUUUGCCCACAGCAGCCUGCAAGCCUCGGCCAUCUCCCUUCACCGAGUCACCCUGCAAGAUGAAGGAUGCUACAAGUGCAUCUUCAACACCUUUCCCUCGGGAGCUGUCACUGGCAGGAUGUGCCUCAAGGUUUACGCCAUCUCAGACCCUAAAGUGGAAGCCAAACUUAUACCCAGUCCUGACAAAGAUGAAGUCUCUGAGGUAGUGGUGGGGAUGAGCUGCUCAGCAACAGGGAAGCCAGCUCCGAAAAUCACCUGGCAACUUCCCAGCACUCUGCUGCAGAAACCAAAGGAGUACCACAUCAAGCUCAGCAACCAGACCAUCACUGUCAUCAGCAACUUCACCCAUUCCCACUCCAAAAUCCUCAAGGAGUAUCCUGUUGCCUGUGUGGUCCAGCACCCAUCUCUAAAUGUGACCCUGUCCCUGCCCAUGGACAAUCUGACACAAGGUCAGGACAGUAUCAAUGCACCAACCGUGGCCAUUGCUGUGGGGGUGCUGGUCCCUCUGAUGUUCCUUCUCCUCUUCAUGUUGCUCCUUUGCUACUGCCUGAGACACCUUCGUGAUCCAGAGAGAAACACAGCCUGGCCUUGCUGGGUCCUUGCUGUAUGUGCCAAGGAGAGAGCAUGUGGACAGUACAUGCUUACUGGCAAGCAGGCUACCGCUGCAGUGCCCAACACAUGAGCUCCUGCAUGCCCUACAUGUGGACAUCUUGGACUGUCAUGCAGACCUGCUGUGAUAUCACACCAAAGGAAAUAGAGGGGGAAAAAAAGAACAUUCCAUAAUACAUAUUUAUUUUCUUAAACAACUUCAUUCCGUUUUGUAGAAGAAAAGCUGUGAAUUAUUUAUUUAAGACUCUAAGACUGUUGGCUGCGUGGGUCUGUAAUGCAACUUGUGGUUGGCAUUUUCUAUGCUGUAUUUAUUCUUUUCCCAUAUUUCAACAUCCCAGGUCCAAGCGGAGUGAGGGUUUUCUGAGGCAGUGUGGUAUUUUGUGGAACAGUGAUUUAGGAGGUGCUGCUCCGGGUAGAGGGAAGCAGCAAGUGUGUGGAACUGCUGACAUUACUGAGAGCUGCCAGGAACCUUCUCCCCAGCAGGCAUGGGAGAUGGAGCAUGUCUGCAGCUGGAUCAGACUUGUAACCCUGGCGGCAGGCUCCAAGCCAUCAGAUACCAGGAAGUUACCACCCUUUCCUAGAAAGUUAUUUAAAGGCAAAGAGAAGUUUACUUCUCCUUCAAUGGUUUCCACGGCCAUUUCCUUAGCCUUACGUAGUUGCCUCCUGUUUCCACAUAAUCACACCUGCCUGGGGGGAAGAGGUGGGGGUAUUUAAGGAGUGUUCGGAAGGUAUUAGGCAGAGCAGUCCUCCCUUUACUCCUGUCCUCUUGGCUCCAUGCAGCAAGUGUAUGCUAUCUGGUUUUCCCUUGCACAUCUACUUCAUGCGUACUUCCCGGAUGAAGCAGGUUGUGUGGAGGCCGAAAAGCUGAGUCAAGUGAAAUGAAAGAGAGUGGGUGAGCUGAGAAUGAACAAACCCACUUCUUGUCAUAAAAAGCUUUUAUAGAAUCCCUAAUGCUUAGUAAUAGCUGAUCUGAUGAUUGCAAGGAAAGGGGAACCAGCUACAGACCAGCAGCUCUUGCAAUUGGGAAUUUUUCUCUUGAACCCCGUAACUGUCAAAGGAGGAAACCUGAUUUUUUUCAAACUUCCCCACAGCUGCAAUUUAAGUUUCCUCCACACCUGUAUGGGAAGGGGCAAGGGAGUGAAGCAGACCUUCCCCAGGAGUAUUUUGAAUCCAAUGGGUUGCAGGCAAAGGAGGACUGCUCCAGGGUUCUUGGCUGUGUCGUGUCAGAUCUCUCUGCUCAAUAAGGUCCACACUUGGCCUUCAGGUGUUGGGUUGUUUUCUUCUAAGAAUUGUUAAGAUUGUUUUGAAGAGAGGAUACUACAAACGUUUGGACUACUGGGCUUUUCUUUUUUUUUUUUCUUUUUAAUAAAAUAAAGGGAAAAAAAGAGAAAGGUCUGUUGCAGAAAUGGACGUGGGAAUGAAAAAAAAUUUUCAGAAGGAUGACGAAAAGGCACAAAGCUAACAAGAAACCCUUAUUAAGCCUAUGGAGAUUGUAGAAAUAUGUUUUAGUUUUUUACAAGUUGAUCUAGAAUGGGAAAAAACAGAGUUUGAAGUAAAGAAAAGGCCUGCUUAUGUGUGUUUCUGACUUUCUGCUCUUUAGCUGAAUGUUGAAUUGUGUAGGGCUUGUAUUUAUGAAUUGUAUGUUUCUGCUUACUGGUGCAACAGAACUAGAGGCUGAAUGAAAAGGGAGGACAUGGAAGCAUGAUACUGUGCAAAAAAAAGCAUGUUAUUCAUCUAUUUGUUUUUUACAGCAUUGGGAUGAGAACAGCAAAAUGAUGUCCAAAGGUAGAACAUUUAAAACCAGUACACAUAUUUGCCUUCAUAAUAUACAAAUCUAUCAGCUGAAACACAGCACCAUAAAAUACUGUAUACUACUGCUGUUGUGUUUGGCUUCAUGUAGCAAAGAGCUAAAUGCAGGCAUCCGGGCUAUGUACAAUGAACCAGCUGUCAGAUGUGGAAAGGAGUAUAAAAUAGAUAGAAACCACCUUUGUGAGAACAAACAAGCAUGUGACUGGGGGGAUGAGGGUUUUACUGUGGGUGAAUAAUAUCCUAACUGUUGUUCUGAGCUUUCUUUAUGAUUACCUUGUGCUUAUGUCGUUUGUCAAGUUAUCUCUGUGAACAAUUUGGCAGUAAAACUUCAUUACUUCU